UGCAUUUAUCUAGAUUGUCUUUUUUAUGUUUCUUGCUAAAUUCGUCAUGUUUUGUUCUGUUUAUUCAUAACCCUUACUUGUAUGCAGAACAGCCCAAAAAUAUAAAGCAAAAACAUGGACAUUCUGCGGAAAUCUGUACAGUUAAAGAGGUUUGAGGAAGUUAAAAAAACUGGCGUGGGAAGCACAUCUGCCGGAAGAACUUUCCAAAAUAUUUGUUUAAAAAAGUAACCUAACUAGGAGGCGUGCAAUUGGGGCAGCUACUCGGAAGUGGCGAAACGAGAACAAAAGGAAAGUUUCGUUUCUUCGUCUGCUGGUGGUGUUUCCUUCUGGUAGAGCUUGGGAGUAGCUCCUGUCCGGCUGUUCAGCACUGAAUUAUUUGCACUUUCGACCGCAGAGCAGACCAUGUAUCCAGGAGACAACAUGAGGAUGGGCCACGGCUACCAACCUUUAUUACAACCUCAAGGGCCUAUCAUGCCUGGAGCUACAGAUGGAGGUAAUGCAAAUCCGGUAUAUGGAGUAGCGACUGCUGUUUCCAUUCCUGGAGAAGGUCCAACGGCACCCCCUACUCACUUGAUGGACAAGGUGACUGGAUAUGAAGGUGGAGGAGGAUAUGUGCCUCCCCCACCAACUGUGUUUCCUGGUCCUGAAAAUGAUCUACGACCCCAGCCAGCUCAGUGGAAUGUUCCAUCUAUCAGUGAAGAUUGUGCACGUGAAGCCCUGAUAAGCUAUGCAAAGAGUAAAUGCUGUUAUAACUCAGAGCCAGCUGAGAAAAUGCACUUUCAAUCACUCACGCCAGCCAAUACAUUGAGGUAUCGUCUGGAAACCUUUACAGAAUCUAGGUCGACUGAGUGGGCCAGUGAGCCAUACACAGGUCAGUUUGUUGAUACACCUGCAUGUGGUCCUGCUCCACUCCCAUGGGAUAUACCAGUGCCUCCUCCGCCUAUGUUUGCUGACACUAAGCAGAAGGUUAAAGUACCUCAUACAGCAUCUGUAAAGGGCUGCCAUGACUGUAAAGCACUGGGACGGAUUGCAUGCCAAAAAUGUACUGCAACUGGUAAAGUCGAAUGUUGGGUAUGCCAUGGAAGGGGGCGCAACAUGAAUGAUGACAGAUGUAUGACCUGUAAUGGCACUAGGCUUACCAAAUGCACCUCUUGCAAUGGUGCUGGUGGCAAGCAGUGUUCGACCUGCUUAGGACAUGGACAAAUCCUGUGCUACAUUCAGCUUGUUGUAGUCUGGGAAACCCACCGAUUCGAAUAUGUAGUGGACCAAGAGUCAGGAUUUCCAAAUGACCUACUUAAAAAGGUUACAGGGUCAAAUCUUUUUAUAGAUCAGAACCUCAUGGUCUAUCCUGUAAUUGGCUCCCCUUAUCCGGCUGUUAACGAGGCUUCUCAGCGAGGCAUUAGUGAGCAUCAUAACCAGUUUGCCACAACUAAGCGCAUAUGCCAGCAGAAACAAACGAUUGAACUGAUUCCUAUCACACGUGUGCGAUAUGACUGGAAGGAAAAAACAUAUUCUUACUUUGUCUAUGGAACCGAACACCAGGUGUUUGCAGAUGACUACCCUGCAAAGUGCUGCUGCUGUACCAUAAUCUAACCAAAUGAUUUAGUUUUUUUGCUCUAUUUCAUACCAGAAAAAUCUUUUGAAAAAGCAUGCACAUUUAUUACAUUUCUAUCAGUAAUCCAUUUUCCUUCUAUACUUGUCACUGGUAAUCUUUAAAAUAUAUACUUUUUUGUAAUAAAAAGUAUAAAACGCUGUGUGCAGGUGCUACCCAGGCAAUCCCAAAUAGUACUAAAUCUCUGGAUCAAGUAGCACAAUAUUCAGGAAGCAGAACCUUGUCUCUUCAGACCAAGAAUAAACCUGCUUCACAUAAAUCAGAAUCCAAGCUUCCUGAAUAUUGUGCUACUUGAUCCGGAGAUUUAGUACUAUUUGGGACUGCCUGGGUAGCACCUGCACACAGCGUUUUAUACUUUUUAUUAUUAUAUGAACUUGUCCAAGUUGUGCAGGUGCUUUUGUUUCGUUGUGGUGCUCUAUUUUAUUUUAUACGUAUAUACUUUUUUGUGGUUACCUUUUUGUUAUACUCCAUAUCACAGACUAUAUACAUUUCUGAUAAUAAAGAUUAUAGUUGAAGAAA